AUGAAUAUCCUGGAAUACAUGUUCGGGAAGCGGAUGACGCCAGCGGAGCGCCUGCGCAAGAACCAACGCAUGCUCGACAAGGCGAUUCGCGAGCUCGACCAAAUCCGAGUCAAACUGGAGAAGCAGGAGAAGACGCUGGUUACGCAGAUUAAACAGAGUGCGCAAAAGGGACAAAUGGGUGCUUGCAAGAUUCAGGCCAAGGAUCUCACCUACCGCACAAACGAGCAGAUGAUGCAGGCGAUGAAGGGAGCUACCACUGCUCUUGGCAGCAUGAACCGUUCGAUGAACUUGCCGGCCCUCCAACGAAUUGCUAUGGAAUUUGAGCGGGAGAACGAUGUCAUGGAACAGAGGCAAGAGAUGAUGGACGAUGCCAUCGAUGAUGCCAUGGAUGUGGGUGAGGAGGAGGAGGGAGAAGAGGUGGUUGAGCAAGUGUUGGAGGAGAUUGGCAUUGAUCUCAACUCCGCGCUCGGCGAGACCCCCACGGGCGUGCAGUCAAGCGCAGUACCGGAACAACGAGUUGCGCAAGCCAUUGGCGGCGAAGGCGGCAUGGGUGGAGGCGGGGCGGACGAUGAUCUACAGGCACGACUUGACAGUCUCAGGCGGUGA